AGAGAGCAUCGAUCGAAGGUCAUCGGCACAAGCGACAUCGGCGGCGGCAAUGGACUACGAAGGGAAGCUCUCCAAGUCUGCCUCGAACCAGCUGGUGCAAAGCAUCCGUGAAUCCGAAAUUGGUCGGACCAAGCACACCGGACGGGAUGACCGCGCGACGUCGGAACAGGUGCUGGAUCCGCGGACACGCAUGAUGCUGUACCGGAUGCUGAACCAAGGCAUCGUCACCGAGAUCAACGGGUGCUUGAGUACAGGGAAGGAAGCGAACGUGUACCAUGCCGUGCUGGGCAGUGGCGGGGAAGGCGCGAUCAAGGUGUACAAGACGGCGAUCCUCGUGUUCAAGGACCGCGACAAGUACGUGUCAGGCGAGUUUCGGUUUCGGCACGGGUACUGCAAAUCGAACCCUCGGAAAAUGGUCAAACUGUGGGCGGAGAAGGAGAUGCGCAAUCUCAAGCGACUGCGGGAAGCCGGGAUCCCGUGCCCCGACCCCAUUAUGCUGCGCUCGCACGUGCUGCUCAUGACAUUCAUCGGCCACGACGGGUACGCGGCGCCGCGCCUCAAGGACGCCCGCCUGAGCGAGUCCCAAGUCCGCAGUGCGUACGUGAGCUGCGUCAAGACGAUGCGCGUCAUGUACCAGGUGUGCAAACUCGUGCACGGCGACUUGAGCGAGUACAACUUGCUCUACUACAAGUCGACAUUGUACUUUAUCGACGUGAGCCAGAGCGUCGAGCACGAACACCCGCAUGCGAUGGAGUUUCUGCGAAAGGAUUGCAAAAACAUCACCGACUUCUUCUCCAAAGCGGGCUUGGACCCGAUGACCACGAUCGAGCUGUUUGAGUUUGUGAUCGACCCGCGCGUGCUGUCAGAGGAAGACGUGGACGCGAUCCUAGACACGAUCCAGCUCAACAUCGAAGGGCGGUCCACCACCCGGACGAAUGAAGAGAUCGUCGACGAAGCUGUGUUCAUGCAAACGUUCAUUCCGUCGAGUUUGAGCCAGGUGCUGCAUUCCGAGCGCGAUCAGCUGGCGUACGCGGAAGGCCGUAUGGAGAAGUCGAUCACGAUGGCGAUUUCUCGCUUGGAUGUGCAACCGCGGUUGAUGGAUCUGUUGAACGUCGACGAGCUGGAAGACUUGGACGGGCUCGACGACGAGUCGGACGACGACGAGGAUGACGACGAGAAUGAAGCAUCUGGUGAUGAUGGCGGUGACGAUGGUGACGACGAUGACGAAACGGAGUCUGACUCGGAAGACGACGAGGAAGUCCGGAAGCAGAAGGCCGCGUUCCGUGCCGAGCGGCGGGACGAGCGCGAGAAGCUCAAGCUCGCUGAAAAACUCGACAAAAAAAGCAACAAGAAAAACGUCAAGGAGGAAAAACGCGAAAAACGCGCCACGAAAAUCCCCAAACAUGUCAAGAAACGGCAUAAAACGCUCGCCAAGCAAAAGGGCAAAAAAUAGGUUUAACUCAAUUUACUCGUCGGUUCCGUAUUUUGCCACACUUUGUUGGUGGCUGGCAUCAUGUCCUGCAAGCAUGUUGCGGUCACACGAAGGGCUUCCUCGGGCGCAACCUCGGCAUGAGGACGUAUGUGACGCAGCCACACGCGCCGGCUGCCGUCGUCAGGCACGAGGUGGAACGCAUUAUCACUCCACUGCCCCACGACCUCCCGCGACCCGCGCAUCACAGCGACGGUCACAAAGAGUGCGGCAGCUGCUAUCGACGUCUCCACGACGAUCUCAAUUGCAGUCGCGUUUUCCGAUGCAAUCCUUGCAUGGACUGGGCAUGCCCCCGGUGAAACGAGCAGAUCUUUGAAUGGAGCGAAGAAGGUCAGGUCUCGGUUGGCGCCACGGACGUCCAGCGUCACGUCCAGCAUACACGUCGUGGGUAGGCAAGUCGAAGAUGAAAACAAAUCGAUGAGCUCUUGAUGCCAGACGUCUUCCCGCGACUACCAUGGAACGCCAUGUACAUCACCAUCGUCACUACCAUCAUCAAAUGCAACAAACCUUGGUCGCGUGCCACGUUCCCACGGCCUUGACCACCUGUCCGUGCGGCAAGGCGCGCAAGACGGCCGUGACAGCAACAUGCGACAACGUCGUGCGCUGG